UCAAUGGAGCGGCUCCUGGUCCGGCUGUGCGGCACCAGCGUUGCGCAGCCGCUCCCGCUGUGGGAGGGGGACACCACUGGCCACUGCUUCACCCAGCUGGUGCUCAGCGCCCUUCCCCACGCGCUCCUCGCUGUGCUCAGCGCCUGCCACCUGAGCACCCCGAGGAGCCCAGGUUAUAGUCUACCCUGCAGUCCAGGCUGGCGCCUCCGACUUGCAGCCUCCUUCCUGCUCUCCGUCUUCCCUCUGCUAGACCUCCUUCCAGCUGCUCUGCCGCCAGGGGCAGGCCCAGGACCCAUAGAGCUAGAAGUGCUGGCAGCAGGCGUGGCAGCUGUGGCCUGGAUCAGCCAUAGUGUGGCCCUAUGGACACUGGCCCGUUCCCCUCAUAGCCUCUCCCGAGGACCCUUGGCCUUGGCUCUGGCUGCCUUCCUGCCCGCUCCAGCCCUGGUGCUGACCUUGCUGUGGCACUGCCAGCGAGGCACACUUCUUCCCCCACUUCUCCCAGGGCCCCUAGCCCGCCUCUGUAUUCUCAUCCUGCAGCUGACUGCACUGUUGGCCUAUGGACUAGCCUGGGCGGCCCCUGGAGGACAGCAGGAACCCUGGUCCCAAGAGCCCCUUCUUUCCAAUGGACAGGAACCUGAGGUGGCUGAAGAUGGGGAGAGUUGGCUGUCGCGAUUUUCCUAUGCCUGGCUGGCACCCCUCCUGGACCGUGGGGUCCGUGGAGAGCUCCGACAGCCCCAGGACACUUGCCGCCUCCCCUACAGACUCCAUCCAACCUACCUGGCCCAACUCUUUCAGGCACAUUGGCAGGAAGGGGCUCGGCUGUGGAGAGCCCUGUAUGGGGCCUUUGGGCGACGCUACUUAGCACUUGGGCUGUUGAAACUUAUGGGAACCAUGCUGGGCUUCUCAGGCCCCCUGCUUUUGUCUCUGUUGGUGAGCUUCUUGGAGGAGAAGCAGGAACCCCUAAGCCAGGGCCUGCUCUAUGCCUUGGGGCUAGCCAGCGGGGCUGUGCUGGGCGCUGUGCUGCAGAACCAGUAUGGGUACGAGGUACGGAAGGUGAUGCUGCAGGCCCGGGGGGCUGUGCUGGACAUCCUGUACCACAAGGCUUUACAACUCGGGCCUAACCGUCCCCCUGCGGGGGAGGCCCUGAACCUUCUAGGCACAGACUCAGAGAGGCUGCUAAACUUUGCUGGGACCUUCCAUGAAGCCUGGGGCCUGCCCCUGCAACUGUCCAUCACCCUCUACCUGCUUUACCAUCAGGUGGGCAUAGCCUUUGUGGGUGGUCUGGUCCUGGCACUGCUGCUGGUACCUGUCAACAAGGUGAUUGCCACUCGCAUCAUGGCCAGCAACCAGGCGAUGCUGCAGCACAAGGAUGCCCGGGUCAAGCUCAUGGCAGAGCUGCUGAGUGGCAUUCGAGUCAUCAAGUUCUGUGGGUGGGAACAGGCACUGGGGACCCGAGUGGAGGCCUGCCGGGCUCAAGAGCUGGGGCGACUACGGGUCAUCAAAUACUUGGAUGCAGCCUGUGUGUACCUGUGGGCUGCCCUGCCAGUUGUCAUCUCCAUCGUCAUCUUCAUCACCUAUGUUCUCAUGGGGCACCAGCUCACUGCCACCAAGGUAUUCACGGCCCUGGCUCUGGUUGGAAUGCUCAUUCUUCCCCUCAACAACUUCCCAUGGGUAAUCAAUGGGCUUCUGGAGGCCAGAGUGUCCUUGGAUCGUAUCCAGCGUUUCCUCGACCUUCCAAACCAUAACCCCCAGGCUUAUUACAGCCCAGACCUUCCCAUGGAGCCUUCUACAGUAUUGGAACUGCGUGAAGCCAGAUUCUCCUGGGACCCUGUUGGAAACAACCAGGAGACCUUCAUCUGUCACCUUGAAGUAAAAAAGGGUUCCCUGGUGGGCAUCGUGGGGAAGGUAGGCAGCGGGAAGAGCUCACUGCUGGCUGCCAUCGCUGGGGAGCUCCACAGGCUGAGUGGGCAGGUGGCAGUGUCAGGGUUGUCCAAGGGCUUUGGCCUGGCCACCCAGGAACCCUGGAUCCAGUUUGCCACCAUUCGAGACAACAUUCUCUUUGGGAAGACGUUUGACAACGAGCUGUACAGGACAGUGCUGGAGGCCUGCGCCCUCAACGAUGACCUUAGCAUCCUGCCUGCUGGAGACCAGACGGAGGUAGGGGAGAAGGGUGUGACUCUUAGCGGGGGACAGCGGGCCCGGAUUGCCCUGGCUCGAGCUGUCUACCAGGAAAAGGAGUUCUAUCUCCUGGAUGACCCCCUUGCUGCUGUGGAUGCAGAUGUGGCCAACCACCUGCUGCACAAGUGCAUUCUGGGAGUCCUGGGCCACACCACCCGACUGCUGUGCACCCACCGCACCGAGUACCUGGAGAAGGCUGAUGUAGUGCUGCUGCUGGAGGCUGGACGCCUCGUCCGAGCUGGACCACCCUCUGAGAUUCUGCCAUUGGUGCGAGCUGUCCCCAAAGCCUGGACUGAGAAUGAACAGAAAACUGACUCAGCCACAGAACAGUCAGUAUGGAGCCCAGAGAAAGCAAAAGAGAGUCUGGAGGUAGAGAAGAGUACAUCUAGCCGCCUGCUCCAGGAAGAAAGCAAAAAGGAGGGCGCCGUGGCCUUCCACGUGUACCGAGCAUACUGGCGGGCCGUGAGCUGUGGCCUGGCCCUCGCCAUUCUCUCCUCUCUGCUCCUUAUGCAAGCCACACGGAAUGCUGCUGACUGGUGGCUCUCCCACUGGAUCUCUCAGUUAAAGGCGACCAAGAAUAGCUCCCUGGAGGUGCCAGCCCCCGCCGGCCCAGUUUCUUUAGGGCUUUUCUCUCCGCAGCUGCUCCUCUUCUCGGCCGGAAGCCUCUAUGCCCCAGUGCUCCCACUGCCCAAAGCUGCCCCCAAUGGCUCCUCAGACAUCCGUUUCUACCUCACCGUGUAUGCGACCAUUGCUGGCGUCAACUCCCUCUGCACACUUCUCCGGGCGCUGCUGUUUGCAGCAGGCACUCUCCGGGCGGCCAGCAUCCUACACCGACGUCUGCUGUAUCGAGUCCUCCUGGCACCAGUGACUUUCUUUGACUCCACACCCACUGGUCGGGUCUUGAACCGCUUCUCUUCGGACGUGGCCUGUACGGAUGACAGCCUGCCCUUCAUCCUCAACAUCUUCCUGGCCAAUGCAGUAGGCCUGUUGGGCCUCCUGGCCGUGUUGAGCUCUGGCCUUCCCUGGCUGCUGCUGCUGCUGCCCCCCCUGAGCAUCCUCUACUACCGUGUGCAGCGCUACUACCGAGCCUCCUCCAGGGAGCUGCGGCGCCUGGGGAGCCUCUCCCUGUCCCCGCUCUAUACUCAGCUGACCGACACCUUGGCUGGCCUCCCUGUGCUGCGGGCCACAGGGGCCACCUACAGGUUUGAGGAAGAGAACCAGCGACUCCUGGAGCUAAACCAGAGGUGCCAGUUUGCCUCCAGUGCCACAAUGCAGUGGCUUGACAUCCGGCUGCAGCUCAUGGGGGCUGCAGUUGUCAGCGCCAUUGCUGCCAUCGCCCUGGUGCAGCACCAGCAGGGUGUCACCAAUCCAGGGCUGGUGGGCCUGUCACUGUCUUACGCUCUGUCCCUGACGGGCCUGCUGUCGGGCCUGGUGAACAGCUUCACUCAGACAGAAACCAUGCUGGUGAGCGUGGAGCGGCUGGAGGAGUACUCCUGUGACCUGCCCCAGGAGCCCCAGGGACACGCGCUGCGGCUGGGCAUUGGCUGGCUGACCCAGGGGAGUGUCGAGUUCCAGGACGUGGUGUUGACGUACCGGCCAGGGCUGCCAAAUGCCCUGGAUGGGGUGACCUUCCGUGUGCAGCCCGGAGAGAAGUUGGGCAUCGUGGGCCGCACGGGCUCCGGCAAGUCCUCCCUGUUGUUGGUGCUCUUUCGGCUGCUGGAGCCCAGCGCAGGACGAGUGCUACUGGACGGCAUGGACACCAGCCAGCUGGAGCUGGCCGAGCUCAGGUCCCAGCUGGCCAUUAUCCCCCAGGAGCCGUUUUUGUUUAGUGGGACUGUCCGGGAGAACCUGGACCCCAAGGGCCUGCAUGAUGACGAGGCCCUGUGGCAGGUGCUUGGGCAGUGCCACUUGAGUGAGGUGAUUGUAUCCAUCGGUGGCCUGGAUGGUGAGUUGGGUGAGGGAGGCCGGAGCUUGUCCCUGGGGCAGAGGCAGCUGCUGUGUCUGGCCCGUGCUCUCCUCACAGAUGCCAAGGUCCUGUGUAUUGAUGAGGCCACAGCAAGUGUGGACCAGAAGACAGACCAGCUUCUCCAGGAGACCAUCCGUAAACGCUUUGCCAGCAAGACAGUGCUGACCAUCGCCCACAGGCUCAACACAAUCAUGAACUCAGACCGGGUCCUGGUGCUGCAGGCGGGGAAAGUCAUGGAGCUGGACUCCCCUGCUGCCCUGUGCAGCCAGCCCCACUCGCUGUUCCAGCAGCUGGUGCAAAGCAGCCAGCAGGCAGCCCACUUCUCUGUCUGA